AUGUGGGUGUAUUCCCAUAGGCAAAAGCCCCAACCUGGCGCCUGUGGCCACUCCAGCCCUCCUGGACCUUCCCACUGUUUUGAACGCGUAAAAUGCAUCCAUCAGCGACCGUUGGAUAGAUAUGUUCUCUUCCAGGUUCUCUAUUUACCUCCACAGUCUACUCCAAGACAGCUGGUUACUACUGCCCUCGUGCCCACUAAAGGACUGGCCGGAACAAGUCGCCAUUCUACAUUUACAGAAAACCUUCAAAAAUCUUCACCUUCAGUGUCUACCUCUGGACCCUAUUCUGGCUGGUUCUGUGCCCUUCCCCCACCUUACCCCACAAUGUCCACAUCCAGCAGGAAGCAGCCAGAAAGAAUAACGAUGCCCCUCUCCCAAAUAAACAGAAAAGGUGGGAAUGAAAGGUCCCUGCUGAACAUCAUUCCCUUGUGUCUCCGCCAUGAUGCCAAUAGUAGUUCUCAGUACCUCACCCCCUCUUCUUCAUCAACAGGCUUGCCUGUUAAUCCAAGGAACUCAAUGUUGAUGGCAUCUAUCUCAGCAAGGAAGAAUUCUGAUUCAGGAGUUGGAAGUGAUCAUGGAGAUAAGCGAUUAUCUGCCAUCGAGAUAAAGUUGCCUUCUGAUGAAGACACUGUUAGCCUCAAUGUGCCCAUGUCAAAUAUCGUGGAAGAAGAACAGAUCAUCAAGGAGGACUCGUGCCAUCACCUUAGCCCUCUGAAAGGGGGAUUUCAUCAGGAAUUUCAACCGAAGCCUUCCCUUUUGAGUGAGAGUUACAACUCAGGAAAAGAAAGAAGCCGGUUUACUGAUGGAGCAGAUGUUCUCCAUUUGGAAUUUAUGAACUCUAAGGCAAGGUCAGAAGACGGUGAUGAGCUGUUACGGAUAGAAGAGGAUAUGCACUGGCAAACGGAGGGCAUAAUAAGUUCAUCCCAAGAUCAGGACAUGGAUAUAGCGAUGAUUGAGCAACUGAGAGAAGCAAUAGAUUUGCUGCAAGAGCCCAACGGAUUAAGCACAGAUAUUACAGAGAGAAAUGUUUUAAACCUAUAUGCUAUGAGAUCAGAUGAAGCCUUAGAAUGACAAGAUUCUGCACUAAAUGGUCAAAUACAGCUGGAGACAUCUCUGAUGUGUGAGGUGCAAAACGAUCUAACAUUACAUAGUAAUGGGAGCCAGUAUUCCCCAAAUGAGGUGAGAGAGAACUCCCCUGCUGUCUCUCCUACAACAAACAGCACAGCUCCGUUUGGCCUGAAGCCUCGAUCAGACCCAGCCCUCAUUCUUCCUCCUAUCUCCUUCAACACACUUACACAGGCACAGACAUGGGACAGCUCUAGUGUUCCAUCUGAAGGAGACAGUGACAAUGUAUUUCUAAGCCUUCAGAGAAAUCUGGAAUCUAUAGACCCACAGUUUACAAUCCGGAGGAAAAUGGAGCAGAUGAGAGAAGAAAAAGAGCUGGUGGAACAACUCUGUGAGAGCAUCGAGAUGAGACUGAAGGUCAGUCUGCAUGAAGACCUGGGGGUAGCUCUCAUGGAUGUUGUCCUCUGCCAUCUGGUCAACCAUAUCCGCCCACGGUCUGUUGCAAGCAUCCAUGUUCCCUCACCGGCGGUUAGAAACUCUGAGCGGAGACACAACGACGCAUUGCUUGUUCAUCCUCCUGCUCCUACUGCCCUCUGCCCCUUCCCCACUUCGGUGACCCUGGGACUACUGGUCCCACCUACAGGCUCCUGUGGAAACCUGAUGUCUGCCUCCAGCUCACUUUUUGCAGUUGUUGUUACCUUGAAUCGCCAGCAGGUGGUGCUAUCUCAGCUGCUCACUCCAGAGGGGGUGGAGCCAGACAGGAGUCAGGCAGAAGCUGGAGAUGGAAGCCUGCCUCGGGGCACAGGAGACCCACGACUGGCAGGACGUCAAGGUGGCAGCAGAGGUGGCAGCAAUUCCAGGAGAUCUUGCCUGCUGGGGCUUCCAGGACUGUAG